UGUUGGGCCAUUGCCAAAAUGCACGAGGACUUGAAGGCGCAUCUGGCGGAGCUCAAGAGCCGGCAAAAGACUCUGACGGCGAGGCGGAUUGCCCUCGAGAAGAAGCAAAAUCUGCGUGACUCGACAAUGGCCGAAUUCAGUGCCGCGUACGCAGACAUGCUCCGUCGGAAGCUGCGGGCGUGCAAGCAGCACCAGCUCGAGUCCAAGAAGCGAAACCACAGGCUUGUGUCGGACUUGCUCGAAUACCAGAAGCAGCACUUUGGUAGCUCGUCGUCGUCUAGUCCAAUGUUUGUCGGACGUGCGUCGGCGAUGGCGUUGGUCAAAGCCAAGCAAUCGUUUGCCGACCAAGUGGAGGUCGUGUAUCCAGCGUGGCAAGAGCAAGUACAGCACACCAAGCUGCAAAGGCUUCGGCAAUUGGAGCAAGAAAAGCUCGAGAUCGAACACCGACGAGUGCUAGCCAAGCAGAGCUUUGACAAGGAGCAAGCAUUGGAAAUGCUACUCCAGCAAGCGGCACAAGACAUUUCAUUUGCCGCGACGAUCGAGCGCAACGAAGUGUACCAGCGGCAGUUGUUUCGUCAGCAAAAAGUCAAAGAAGCGGAAGACAUGGACUACAUCAUCCAAGCGCGCGCAGACCAGGAACGACGGCGCCUGGAAGACGAGCAUUUGAAAGCACUCGAGUCGUCCCAAUUGGUCGAUCAAUAUGCAUCACUGGCGCAAAAGUACACGCCGUUUCAGCUAGAGAUUCCGCCGCCAUCGGCACUCCCCGCCUACUCGGCACUCUCUCGACAAUCCAGUUGCCCAGACGACGUCAACCAGCCAUUCCGUGCAUUCGCCUACGACACGGCCCCCGCGGUCCCCGUCGCUGCAUUAGAGUCCCCACCACACCGACCUGAGCCCAGCGACAAAGCUAGUCAAGACGAACCAUCGCCCCUUCUUACGCCACAAUUUGCUUAUGUGCCGAUUCCGCAAACGUCUCAGAUGCCGAUAGUGUGCCCACCACAAGCCUGUCAAAAUCGAGUAGCCCCGUCUUGGGAACUCGAGCAGUCCGUAGCUCAUCCUAUGGAGGCCGUGCCGCGUCGUUCGAUAACGCCGCCCUUGUGCUAUGACACUCCUCCACCAGUGUCCACUCCAAUUCCCAUCACAUCCCCAAGGGCUCAGGCGGCUGAAGUUGCCGCACCAAUUGAUUCACCACACGUCACGUCUGUCGUAGCUCCGCCCCUUCCUCCGUCUGUCGCCCCCAAUGCCACGACGAAGAUGACGGCGGCGCUGUGUGCCCGCCCCACUCAAGAAGUUGCCCCUCCACCAAAGAUCCAACCGACCCAAGAUAUACCACCAACGACUACUGGUGCCAGUAGGCACAACGGGGAACAAACGCUUUCAAGUGUCACGUCGACGAAAGAAGAAGGAGACAGCCGCCAAGGGGAAGACGACACGAAUGACAGCAUCUUGGCAGACUAUUACCACAUGACCACCGAUGCCUUGGACACUCGGAUGGCGCACGAUGCAUUAACCAUCACUCAGACCCCGUCGAUGCCACCAGUCGUCGCGAGUCCCCUCCCAUCAGGCAAAGACGUUGAACCAAGCCCACGGGUAAAGACUUGGAGCGCGGCACCACUGGAGCAGGCCAUACCAAGUACCCCACAAGUGACGGCAACAAGUAUGUCGUCUGUGGAUGGCGCUGCGUUCGUUCCUACCAGUAUGUCGGAAUCAAUCGAGAAGCCGACGAUGAUAGAGACGCCGAUGCUUCCCAGUCCACAGUUUGUCCAUGGGGAGGAGAAUGAGGUUCUAUCCAUCGAGGUCGUCGAAGUAGUUAACACCUCAUUGGACGGAUUUGGAGGAACUUCCCCCGUCGAGGAGAAGCGGCCAGUGCCGGAGGACACCGCGCCGCCGCCGCCAACGUUAGCCGACCCAUCGAUCAUUGGGGUGGCAGUCACUGUCAUAGACGACCUUUCAAAGCAGAUCUUUAUUUCUGGGGCUGAGGACAGCAACGAGUCGUCCUCGUUGCUCGACACGACUAGGUCGUUGUCCACCAACGUGAUGGCUCAAGAAGUCGACACUAUGACACUGGGGAUGCGGCUGUCGAUUGAUGAGAGCUUCGAGAUGAGCGAGUCAAUGAUUAGCGCACAUAGCCCCCACGCUCCCAAUGUCGUCGGAGAAUCCGCCACGUCCGCCGACAUCAUGUCGCCGCCCCAAAACUCCACGGGGGAACCACCGCUAGCAGCAGCAGUGGACAUUCUGAUGCUAGAUGGAAUGUCACUAUCUCCAGAAAAGCCCAUUCCUCGGAUGACAUCGGCGUUUCCAUCCCAACCAAACAACUUGAACGAAUCCACCGAGGGCCCCACGAUCGACGACGACGGCGAGUACGACGACGGAAGUUAUGUCACGGCCACGUUCAAAUUGACUGUCAACGAGCGGCUGACUGUGUUGCAGACGCUGAUUCUUCGCAUCGAAGAAACGACGAAAGAAGGCGAGCAGGUGUCGGCGGCUAUUGAAGCCAGCAUCGAAGUAAAGGCCAAGCUCGAUCUGUUAAAGGUGGCGAUGGGGGGGCGGAAGGCGCAGAUCGGGUUCUUUGGCGGGGAUGUGUGUUUUGCGCUGCUGGUGGACAUUUGCCGAGACGUUGCCCCAUGUACAAUCAAUCACCAAUGACUUGCAUAUAUAUAUAUUUAUGGCAAAGAAGGAUGGGUUAUUGACACGGACGAGGUAGAUUUGUUCCCCGAGCGUAUCUUUGAAGGCAAAAUGACCGAGCAAAAGCUGCUCAAGGAGUACAAAGCGUGCCGAGAAAAGGAACUUGGUGGGGGGGCGAGCGAUAUUUUGAUUCACUUUGAGCCUAUGUGAUUUAUUUCGGUUGAUUAUUUUUAUUAUAAUAAUUAUUAUUGGUAGAGUAUUGGAAGCUCCUGUCCAGUCAUUUCAAACAACUGGUCGCACACGGAGCCAUGACAGCGCCCGACCUCGUGGACAUGUUUGUCGACAUCUUUCUCAUCCAUUUGACCCACGAUUCACGGUCGACUCGAAAGUUGAGAGAUUUUCUGUCGGGGUACGUUGGGUCGGCAGGUAAUCCUCAGGCGACAGCAUUGAAACCAAGUCCCCAAGAGAGUGCAAAGCCAGUCGAAACGCCAAAAGAGUCCAAGCUAAACCAAGCCAAGAGUGUGCUGGACUUGGCCUUCAUGCACCAAACAGAUGCGUCUCCUCCGUGCGUACUAGUAUAUGACAAUUGUGUAUUCCAUGUGAACGACCCGUAGGACAAAACCAAGUGCGUUCGACAAGGGAUUGAAGCUUUCCAAAUCGCCUACAAUUGCUGGACGUGUCAGUGGGGGCUUGGGUCAACGCGUGCUCCGGGGAGUGAGUUUGGACGAAAUUUCAGAAUUUGACGACGACGAUGAUGUCGACUUGAACAAGUUUAUGGGGACAGCCGUGAAAGCCAAGCCCGCCUUGACCAAGGCGUACUCGACGACCAAAGAGAAACCUCCCAAAGAUGAUGAUUUUGACCAGGAUUUUUAACUGCUUUGAGUAGUAAUAAUAAUGUAAUAUAAUGAAUGCCUUCCA